UAAAGAUGAAAUGUAUCCCAUAUAAAGAUUGUUGGCAGAAAAAAGAAUUCUUAAUUUUUUAUACCUUUUUUUUUUCUUUUUCUUUUUCUUUCUCUCCUAUUCUUUAUUCUUCUUUUUCUUAUUAAUAAAUAAAGCAAAUAUACAAUGAGUUCUUCUAUGACUAAUAAUUAUAAUGAAAGUAAUUUAUGGCGACAAGCGUCUAUUGUAUCAGCAAAUAGUUAUUCCAGCAGUAGUGGAAGAGAUAAUAGUUUUGAUUAUUCAGAAAAAGAAUAUUCCUUGGAUUUUAUAACACCUAAAUCAGAUAAUUAUUAUCAAUUGAUUGAUGAUUUGGCUAUUAUUGACGAGAUUUAUCAAACAUACAAUGAUGAAGUAGAAUCAGAACCUUAUGAAAGACAAGUGGCAGAUGCGGCAAGGAAUGUAGCACAUAAAUUAAAUACAGUUUCUCAAAUAUGUCAGACAGAAGAAGAAUAUAUUAUGGAUCUCGAAUUUUUUUUAUUUUAUUACAUGGAACCAAUGGAAAGAUGGAUUCAAGAGACUAAUAAUGCUGAUAUAUUCCAAAAAUAUCCUACUUUUUGUUUCAAAAAUGCUUUAAUCGAUUUAUUUGAAAUAUCAAAAGAAUUAACCAGAGCACAUAAAUCAUUUCAUAAAAGUAUACAAGAAAGAUUCAAGAUGUGGGGUCCAACACAAUUCAUAUCCGAUUUAUUUACCAAUUUUUAUGAAAAAUCAAUUAUAUAUGAAAAAUAUUUAAAUAAUUUCCCAGAUGUAAUCGUUACAAUAGAUACUCUUUACAGAAGAUCAUCAGGGUUUCCUAAAUUUAUAGAACAUUGUGUUUCCCGAGCAAAUAUACCAAAUACGAAAGAUUUUCUAUUCUAUCUAAAAAAUCCUAUUCUUCGGCUCUCUGCAUAUACAUCUUUUGUAUCGCAAUUAUCGACUGCAACAGAAUUAUCACAUCCCGAUUAUCGGGCUUUAAUGGGAGUAAAAGAAAAGUUUGAACAACGUAACUUCCAAUGGGAAGAUGUAAUAAAAGACCGUUUAUCACACAUUCGAGCCUUGGAAGCAUUUCAAACAAUACAAGAUAAUCCUGCAGCAGUAACAGCAACUCGAAGGCUAAUUAUCAAUGGUCCUUUAACUAAAAUUGAUAUCUCUAAUCCUCACUGUCUAAACGAUAUUCGCACUUAUUUUUUAUAUAAUGAUCUCUUCUUCUUUUGUCAAAAAAUGAAACAAAAUAAUAAUAAUAAUCAUAAUCAUAAUAACAGGUCAACUAAUAGCAAAAAAAAAUUAAUAUACAAAGGAACAAUUAAUUUGAGAAAUGCAGAAAUCAUGCCUCUAUCAGCCAAAUAUAUCGCCAAAAUGACAGAAGUGAAAAAAUCAUCGUUAUCUUCUUUUAGUUCUUUCAUGUCACGUAAUAAGUCUCCAAUCAUCGAUCCACGACAACAGUCGCCGUCUUCUUCUUUUUCUUCUUCCGAAGAUCAGGCGUCCAUUUUUGGGUUCGAGAUGCAUAUCUCGAAUGAUAUCGCUUCAGAGGUCAUGUUCACUUCUCUUCGAGGCGAAGGUCUUUCUUUUGCCUCAGGAAAUGGUACUGGUGAUGGUAAUAAACGUCUCUUUAUUAUGCGAACUCAAACUGAAGCUGAACAAAAUGCUUGGAUCACUUUUUUACGCCAAAUAAGUAAACACAUAUCACAGAAGAAAUAGGGUUCUUUUCUUAUUAUUCCUGCCUACCUUAUUCAUUGUAAAUUUAUAUUUAUUAAAUACUUUUAUUAUUAUUAUUAUUAUUAUAGUAAGAACCAGUCUAAGGAUAAUGAUUAUGUAAUAAUAACAAUAAAUAAUUAUUAUACUUAUUUGGCUUUAUUU